UCUGCCUCCUCCAGGGCCACCCAGCAGGCCGGGGUGUCGGACCUCGAGAUCAUAUCCCAGCAGGCGGAGGAGGAGAGCCAGUGCGUCGCUCCAGUCCAACUGGUGGGCUUCACCUACCGGGACCUCCCGCUGGCUGCGCUGGACCUCUCCCUGGCCGGCUCCCAGCUCCUGUCCAACCUGGACGAGGAGGACACCAGAGAAGGGUCGAACUGGCUGAAGCCUUGCUGUGGGCGACGGGCAGCUCUGUGGCAGGUCUUCCUGCUCAGCGCAGGCUUCAACUGCUUCCUAGUGGCCUGCGUCGUGCUGGUGGUGCUACUCCUGGCCCUGGAGCUUCUGAUCGACACCAAGCUUCUACAGUUUUCCAGUGCUUUCCAGUUUGCCAGCAUCAUCCACUGGAUCAGCCUCGUCAUCCUCUCUGUGUUCUUCUCUGAGACUGUCUUCAGGAUCGUAGUCCUGGGGAUUUGGGACUACAUUGAAAAUAAAGUUGAGGUGUUCGAUGGCGCGGUCAUCAUCCUCUCCCUGGCCCCGAUGGUGGCCUCCACAGUUGCCAACGGACCCAGCAGCCCCUGGGACGCUAUCAGCCUCAUCAUCACCCUGCGCAUCUGGAGGGUCAAGAGGAUAAUCGACGCCUACGUCCUCCAGGUGAAGGUGGAGAUGGAGCUGGAGAUACAGCAGUACGAGAAGGCCAAGGCGGUGAGAGAGGACCAGCUGGACCGGCUCACCCAGAUCUGUCAGGAGCAGGCAUUUGAGAUCAGGCAGCUGCGGGCUCACCUGGCCCAGCAGGACCUGGACCUGGCCGCGGAGCGCGAAGCAGCCAUGCAGAUCCAUCGCGUUUGGGACAAGCAGAGCAGCAGCUUCCAGGUGGUGGACGGCCUGGCCCCCGGGGAGUCGGACGACGAGGGCCACGGCCGAAUCCGGGACCCCGUGCCCCCCCCAGACCCGGUGGUUUGCGAUGACAUGAACAACUACAUCAGCCAGUAUUACAGUGAACCCAGCAGUGACAUGGGGGUUCCGGAAUUGGGUGCGCGCAUCAUCACCACGGCGGCCAUCGACGUGCACCUCCCCGACAACCCCAGCCGGCCGUCCUCGGUCCUGCGGAGCGCCGACACGCCCUGCGGCCUGGAGCGCACGGGCAGCUCCGUCAGCGACACGUCCGUCAGCGCCUCGCGCUCCACGCCCAGCUUCUCCACCCGGGGCCAGAGCCUCAGCAGCCACACGCUGGGCUCCACCACCGACUGCAGCAGCAGCACCACCCGCGAGCCCUCCUCCUCCUUCGACACCGGCCCCCAGAGCCGGCCCCCGCCCUACCGCAGCGCCGCCCUCUCCCCGGGGCCCGGCCGGGGCCCCCGGGACCCCAGCGCCGUGGUGCAGGAGCUGCUCUCCUCCCUGUCGGGGGACUCCUGCCUGGCCCAGAAGGGCCUGGACCCCGUCAACCUGAAGCUUCCCAGCCCGGCAGGCUCGACCGAGACCAGCCCCGAGAUGGAGCACCGUGUCAACAUCUACAACCGCAAGAACCAGGAGAGCCUCAGGGUGUUCCAGACCAAGCCUCUCAUCCACCUGCAGGCCAGCGAGCCUCCCCUGGGGGAGAAGUACCGGCUCCUGGGGCGUGCCGACACCCCCUUGGGCCGCCUGCCUGACACAUAGUGACCAGGGGGAGGCGCUGUCCUUCUCCUCGUGCUCUCCUGCUCAGAUGCUACAGAUGAUUUCCUCGCGCCUCUGAUAUAAAGGCAGAAAGAUAAAGUGAACAAAAUGGAUUGGUUUUUGGUGAACUGCGGACACUCCACCAUUCUCUUGCUCCUCUGGGGCGGCAGUGACGGACACUCCUGCCCAGAAAUUGCACAACUAUACCUGGGAGGUGGGGAGGGUGUUCUUUUGAGCCAGCACCGGAUAAUCAUCAGGAAUUACUGUUUUUAAUGAGUCCCAUUGUGAAGAAGAGGAAAAGCCCCCAUGUAUAUGAAACCAGCAAUGAAACACACUGAAGUUCUUACAGAGCUAAUGUUGAACAAUGUUUAAGAUUAGGCCAAACAAACGGUUACCAACAGUUUAACAGUUGGGGAUGGUUAGGGGGGUGGGGUUAAGGGGGAAUAAUUGCUGGACUGACAGUUUUUUUGUUUAAUUUUUCUUCUUUUAAUGAAUGACUUUGACAAUAUGUACAGUCUUCUCUGAUCCAGCUACUGCAGGGUACAUUUGAUUGGAGCAAAUUUCUUACCUUUUAUCUUUCUACAGUAGAGAUGAUGACAUUUGUAUUCAAAUUAACAAAGGUUAAACUGCACCAUCUCCAGCCUUUUUAAUCUGGAGGAAAGAUUGACCGAAGGAAGGAAGUGCAUAUUGAAUGAACAGCUUACUGGAGAACUGAGAGGAACUAGAAUGCUCUAGAAUGGAAUGCUUGCAGCAUGAACCUUUAAAAAUGAUCUGCUUUCCAAAUAUGGCAAACUAACCCUGUGCACUUUAAUGUUUACAGAUAUUUUAUAAACAAAUACUGGAGGAAAUUCAUUUCAGACUGCAGGUGUCAUUCAAUUAAAAGCCAAGUUUCUAAAACUGUGGGAAAUUGUA